AUGGCGUCUUCCUCGCUCCGUACUUCCAUUAACAGCCGCCAGGUGUAUAUCCGGAUGCAACCUGCUCCUCGCACGCUAUCCCAAAGCAGAUCAGUCCUGAAAUCAUUGCAGAAAUUUGGAGAAGUAUCCUCUUUUCUUAACACGAAGUAUUUCAAGAUUAGAACGUCCACAUCUGGUGGCACGGCAUUUGCAAUUUUCGAGUCGUCUCAAGCAGCAUCUGACGCAAUCAAGGCAUCACCAUUGACCGUUCAUCUCUCGCAUCCAAGACUGAAUAAAUCUAUCCAUGAACACCCAAGCUCCUCUAAUUCCGGCGAGCAUGUUCCGCCUCACCUAUCAGGUACAUCUAACGAAACCAUCAAAUGCACAAUCCAAGAAUCAGAAUACGACCACAAGGAAAAUAUGCGGAAAAACCCCUACAAUAUGGGGUUCCAGAUUUCACGCCACUGGAUGGAGGUGCAAGAUUUGAUGCGCUCGCCGAACAACAGCGUACCACUUGUGGAAUACGCAGAUUGCUUCAUAAAGCGGAAGUUUUCCAUGCCAUAUCGGAUCCAAGACCGGUAUUAUGACAAUACUGUUAAAGCGGGAGGAACUUCGUUAAUGGAAAUGUGGAAGCAAGGCAUUGAAGAGAAGAAAUCUGAGGUUAAACGCCAUGAUACCGAGGAGUCCAAACAAAGUCCUGAUUCUGGUUGA